AAAUCAGCGAGAAAAAAGACAACGCAUCAAUUAUGGUUUGCCUCUUUCACGCGGAAAGUUUAAUUGAUCGUAGAGCUCAGGACAUCUUAAUAGUUUCAUAGAAUCAGGAGCAAGGUCACGACAUGUCUAAAGAGAAGAAAACACCACGAAACAGUCAUGACGAAGAUAAGAUUAAAUCUAAUAUUCCGAGGCCCUCGCAUUGCUUAUGGCGUCAACUCCGUACUCUGUGGGAAUUAUUUGAUACUUACUACCUCGCGAUCGGAAUGAUACUGAUGAUGGCCGUUGGUACUCAGUGGCCGGCAUCAGGCAACUUUCUCUCCAAAAUAUAUUUUUCUCAAAUUUGUCUUGGGGUGUGUUUUCUUCUCUGUGGAUUGUGCACGACAACGGGAGAGCUUCUUACAGCCGUCAAGUCGUACAAAGCAGUCGUCUGGGGAAUUCUUACAAUACUCUUGGUGGUUCCCAUCACAGGAACGCAAAUUACAAAGACUAUACAGUUUGCGACGAUGAGAGAGGAUAAUGUGACCACUUCUCAAUCUACAGUUGUUGGAAAUGUCACUGCAAUUGGUCCCACGGAAUUUGCUUUUGCGCUUCAAGUGUUUUUCACCGUGCCAGCAAGCAUGUCUGGAGGUGCCAUUCUGUCCUUGCUGGCCGGAGGUAACUUUUCCCUUGCGAUCUUACUUAUGGCUAUAACAAACUUUGCUGGAGUGUUUAGUGUGGCGCCUAUGCUAAUCUGGAUGACUGAUCUCAGCAGUGGCGUAAAUGUGAACAGAUUUGGAAAUAUCAUGAUUGUAUUUGCUCUAGUAACUGUACUACCGACCAUUAUCGGCAAGUUGCUGAGAAGUUUCAAUGCUGUUGCUGAAAAAAUCGACUCGUAUAACAGAGGAAUCUACUACACUGUAAUAACGCUAUUCCUUCUCUCUACGUGGCCUGAAGUGAGCAGAGCGCAAGUAGGGGAGAAGUUUAAUAACAUUGUGUCUAUGAAUAUUCUCAUUAUCGUUGGAUACUCCUCUAUCAUGCAUAUCAUGUUUCUGUUGCUCAACUGGAUCGCGGGAGGAUUUCUUGGCCUUGCUCUGCCGGUUAAGAAGACAGUUGUGAUCCUUGGAAGCCACAAGGCAUUGUCGUUUGCUCUUAAGGUGCUCAGGUUCCUGUCGACCGAUGUUGGCUCAAGGAGACUGAUGUCAAUCGUUUGUAUAAUCUCAUAUUUGACGCUUCUUGUCCUCGACUCAAUCAUCGUUUGCAAAUGGGCCACAAUCACGGAGGACGAAAAGGACAAGGAUAAAUCUGCGGCUAGUGCAAAAUAUGGAACGUUACCACAAGACAGCGACUGACGACUGCGUUAUAAAUUUAGUUUCAUUCGAUUAUUGGAGGAAAAUUGGCUACGAGCUGACAAAUCUUUGUCAACCACGCCCCUUUCUUUGUCUAACAUUUUGGGAAAGCACAAAAAAACUAAGCGAUUAAACUAAACGAUUGACACACAUCGACGAAAUCGUAAAUGAAAAAGGAAAAGUAAAAAAGUAAAAUUUAUGAGGCACUGACUACACUUUAAUUUCUGUGUUAAACAAGCUGAAAGAAUUCACGAAGAUCUACAACCGUGUGUUAGAUCACCCAAUCUAUUGAGGUACCGAAACUGACGGAAUUUUUCGAGUACAUGCGUGCACUGUAUUCAGGUUGACAAAGAUCCUUGAAAGGUUAUCUAACGACCAUUUGAAAUCACUAUCUUUGACAAUGUUUGGUAAUCAUGGCUUAGCUCUGUUUUUAUCUUUCUCGUGCGCAGUCUUAAUCAGUGGUGGAGUAUGGGUCUCCGCCCCACGCCACAGCACGCUAUAGCGAGCUUCAGGGUAAUUUAGGUGCCACCGCUAUGUAUCAAGAUUCCGUUGCGUCGCCCUAGUUUCUUGCUCAUCCAUUUUUGAAAUUUUCUCAGCUUUUUUGGAUCGCGAUAUUUCAGGGGACCAUUUCCUUAAUCUUGAAGUUCGGGAAGCUUCUCUUUCUAAACAUUCUUCAAUAAAUUGAUACGAAUUCAAUUUUUCGGUAAGUGCACGUGAAUACCUCUUAACAAAAAUUUAACGGACAUGCGAUUUGGCUAGAUUUGAACAUUUUGUUGAUGGGGCUAAAUUUUUAAAUCAAGGAUAAUUUAUUUUGCUAAGGAAAAUCGAUGAAAUAAA